AUGAUUGAAGAUAUCGCGAUUCAUAUGCUCGGAGAUAUGGCUGCGAAGAUGUUACUGAAGCUGAGAAAAGAUAAUGGAGCAGUAUUCAUUGAUAGGCUGCCUAUUAUGAGAAAAUCAGAGUCAAUUCCAAUGAUUAAUAAAAUUGAUUCUGAUAUUAUUGGAGAUAGUAUAGAUAGAUUUGACCAAUACGAUAGAUCAUCUUCUACGGAAGAUACAACUACCGAGGAUGGAUACGAAAGUAUCUAA